GAAAAGAUAGCUUCAAGAGUGAUGCACUUUGCGAUCGUGCCACUGAUUGCUUAUAUGGAUGAGGAGCUAGGAAAAAACAAUAGAGCUUUUUAUUUUCUGUCACCUUAUCUGGAAAGAGGAAACUUACUUGAAUUAAUUGCACAUGACAAGCAUGAGGAUAUGGCUACACAGCUGAGACCUUACAAGCGCAUAGAAAUAUUAUUUCAGAUUGCGUCUGCACUAGAUUUUCUCCACACAAAAGUUGAAGAUAACAGGGGCAUAAUCUUACAUGUGGACCUGACAUCAACGAAUAUUGUGUUGGAUAAUGCUUAUAAUGCACGUGUAAUUGAUUUUGGUUUAGCCCGAGAAAUGCAAGAAGCACAAGAUGAAAUUAAAACCCCAUCAACACGUUUAGGAACUCCUGGUUAUUAUUCAACACAAAGUUACUCCUCGCUAACAGUACACGAGGACUAUUUCAACUACGGUGUAGUCGUACGAGAAAUCAUAACUGGCGAACCACCAAAACAGAAGCACGGAAAGGGAUAUCUUCAACUGAAAAAGUUCGAGGAAGAAUUUCUUAUAAAAAGAAUUCAGAGGAACAUUUGGAAAGGAGAUUCAGGAAGGGAUCUUGCUCUUACGCUUGCUAAACUUUCAUCAAAUUGCCUGAAUAGCAAAGAAAAAAGUUUCUGUUCAGUGGAUAUACUGGAAACACUCAAAGACUUGCGCACUGGCAGAACUGACUUUACAGGGCCGACGAAGAAAAGGUGUCAUACAUGCAUGGUCAACGAAGCCGUUGAAGGUGUACAUUCACCCCAACACAACUGCGGAGUGAAAGUGUGUGUAUCGUGCAUGAGAAACUCUCACAUGAAUCCAAUCAAAUGUCCACUCUGCAAUGAGUGCGUCGUACCAAAAAUAGGACACACCUUUGCUGCAUUAUUGAUUGCUGGAAAUGAUCUAAAGAACAAAGAACUAGCGAAGUCUUUCAAAUACGAUGUCGAGGAAAUAAAUAAAGUUCUGGUAUCAACGUAUCCUUGUGUUGUUGGAAUAAGGAAAGAAAAUGUGAGAGUAGUCACUCCGUCCGAUUCGGGAAAGCCAGAAAAACUUCUUCCUCGUUUGUCCGAAGCAAUGGAUUACUUGAAAUCGAAGGAAGACCUAGAAACAUUACUUCUGUAUUUCACUGGACACCAUUCUAUGGAAUCUGGCUUUACACUUGGUGGCGACUCGGAAGAUAUACUAACAGUACAAAAGUUGCAAGAAGAUCUAAAGAAACUUUCUCAAGAGUGGGGAAAAGAAACGAGAAUACUAGUAUUUCUGGAUUGUUGUUACCCACCCAGUGUAAAAGUGCAAAUUCCAGAACUUUCGAAUGAAUAUGUCCAAAUGAUUCAAGUAAACGCCUGCAGACCGGAGGAGCCUUCUCGGCAGCCAUUAAAUGGAAGCAACUUCCAGAAGUUUUUCAUUCAGGCGCUUACUAGGAGGAGCUUCAACAAGCGGUGCCAUAACAAAAUUUCUGAUUAUGGGGUGCAAGGAAAAGAAAUGGAGUGUCCAGACUGUAAAAUGUCAGGCGAUUUCAUUACAGUAGAGCGACUUCUAGAAUAUAUUUCAGAACACAUGGGCAAAAGUUUGUCUGGAAAUCAGCCAGUCAUGAAUACACACAACAUCACUUGGCUUAGGGCCAGUAUUGGAUACAACGUUGAUUUUGACGUUACUCUCGAAAUAAAGUUUGAAGGACCCAACCAGAAGAGAGACGUCUGUUUCCCACAACAGAUAUUUUAUGAUAUUGAAAAAUUAAAGGAAAGCGUACUGGAAAACUUAAUUGGUAAGAGAUAGAAUACAU